CUUCCCUCUCCUUUCGUCGCGUCCCGGGUUUCUGCCGCGCCAUGUGUUGAUAUUUUUCGCGAGCAGAAAAGGAAAAAGAAAAAGAAAAAAGAAAAAUCAAGACCUAUACGUAUAUAUGUAUGAUAGAGAGAGAAAUAGAGGGUAGAGAGAAGAGGAAGAAGAUGAAGGCGGGUUUGUUUUGUUUGAGUCAUCUCUCUGCAAAUAACUGAAAAAGGGAGGGGGAGGUUUGGAGGAUGAUGAGUACACACAAAUUAUUACAGUUUUCGUCUUCAUCUCCGGAUUUUUCGUUCUACCCCUUUUGCUUUUUUUUUGGCUGAAAAACCUUCCUUAAUCCUUUCCUCGUAUAUAUAUACGCAAACCCCAAUUUCUAAACCCCUCUCGUUCUGAAAUUCUCUGCCUUUUCAUGUGACGACAAGACAGUGAGAACCCAUGUCUCGGAAACGCCAUAGCUGAGACGAACGAAGAAGAGUGAGGGUAGGAGCCAUGGAGAAUUCUUCUUUCUUUGGUGUUUGAUUGUGUCGUUUCUUUUUUUUUUUUUUUUGCCCUUUUUGUGGUUGUAAAUGACAAAAAAGAUGGGUGAGCUUGGGAUGGUGAUUUCAAAAGGCAGCUUUUCGUCGGAGGAGGCGCCUUUCGCUUUCGGUUCCGGGUUGAAGUGUUCUCCUCACCCUGAUCCGGCGUCGAUUAGCGAGGAGUGUUUAUGCGCCGCCGAGGAAGCGGCGGAGCAGGUACUGAAUUGUGUACACCCCAGACUCGACUCGGAGGAGAAGAGAAGAGACGUCAUUGAUUACGUUCAGCUGCUUGUCAAAAGUCAUCUGAACUGUGAGGUUGUCUCCUAUGGGUCAGUGCCACUCAAGACAUACCUACCUGAUGGUGACAUUGAUUUAACCAUCCUUAAAGGUCCCAAAGCCGAUGAAUGUCUGGCCCAUGAUGUUCUUGCUCUAUUACAGGGUGAAGAGAAAAAUGAAAAUGCUGAGUUUGAAGUUAAGGAUACACAAUUUAUUGAUGCCGAGGUUAAACUUGUAAAAUGCCUUGUGAGGAACAUUGUGAUUGACAUAUCCUUCAAUCAGUUAGGUGGACUUUCGACACUUUGUUUCCUUGAGCAGGUAGAUCGCCUUGUUGGGAGAAAUCAUCUCUUUAAACGUAGCAUUAUCCUGGUCAAAACUUGGUGCUAUUAUGAGAGUCGUAUCCUUGGAGCACACCAUGGUUUAAUAUCCACAUAUGCUCUGGAAACACUUAUCCUCUACAUAUUCAAUCUAUUCCAUUCAUCGUUAAGUGGCCCUUUAGCGGUACUUCAUAGGUUUUUGGAUUACUACAGUCAAUUUGAUUGGGAGAACUAUUGUAUCAGUGUGAAAGGUCCAAUUUGUAAAUUAUCUCUACCUGAUAUUGUAGUGAAGAUGCCUGAAAGUGAGCGGAAAGAUCUGUUGCUGAGUGAAGCGUUUCUGGAGGACUGCAUGGAAAUGUUUUCAGUCUCUUCUAGGGGGCUUGAAGCUCAACCAAAGGCAUUUCAAACAAAACACCUUAAUAUAGUUGACCCGCUGAAGGAAAAUAAUAAUCUUGGGCGCAGUGUUCACAGAGGCAAUUUCUAUCGUAUAAGGAGCGCGUUCAAGUAUGGUGCUCGCAAGCUUGGUCAAAUUCUUUUACGACCAAGGGAUAAAGUAGCUGAUGAGAUCCACAAAUUUUUCGCAAAUACCCGUGCAAGGCAUGAAAAUCAACAUAGAAGUAGCAUUCGGCGUUUGGCCCUGGAAUUUGAUGAUGAAGAGUCUUUGACUUCAUCUUUAUCAUCCCCGGUUGAGUUGUUUUCUGACGAUGACUUGCUUCUACAGUCAUCUGUCAGUGAUUUUGAUAACUAUAGUGUUGAUUUGGGACAGAGACCUAUUCUAGAGUUUAAGAAUGAUAUGGACGGAUACUCAAUAAUAGAAGUUUCAUCAGAGACGGCAUCUGAGGCUUGCUAUUCUUCAGAUGGCAUUUUCAUCUCAGGCCAUUCUAUCACUGGAGACAAAGAUAGCCUUGCAACACCUAAUUCAGGUUGGAGGAAUGGCACGAUGGAUUAUAUAUCAAGCAGCAAUUACAGUGCAUCUCUUUCUGAGAACCAUUGCCAUAAGCAACAUGACUUUUCUUCAAAAUCAUCUACUGAAAAUGAAAUCUUAAAGGCUCAUCAAAUUGGUUUAGCAUGUGCUUCGGAGAAGUUUGGCCUCAAAUCUUGGUUGGAGAACAAAGGACUCGAAGAUCUGUCUCUUGAUUUUAGAGAAACAGAUUCAAUGAGUGCAGGAGGGGAAUCAGAAGCUUUCAAUCCUUUGGCUGACCUGACUGGAGAUUAUGACAAUCAUAUAAGGAGUUUGCUUCGUGGUCAAUUAUGCCAUGCGUUUACUAUAUCCGAACAUGUAGUGUGCAAUCCUGCAUCAUCAACUUCUGCUAUCCACACCAAGAAGCCUUGGGAUAUUGUUCGUCAAUCGAUGCCACUCAGGGAGAAUAAAUUCUGUCAGAUGAAUUCACACACAAUAUCAACAGAACAUAAGAUGCACCCUGGUUUUGACUCUGGCUUGCUUGGUACUGCCUUUCAAUUUGAAGCGAACCAGAAAGCACGAGGAACUGGCACUUACUUUCCGCAUGUGAAUGUUCUUUACAUGGAUCGGCCUUCACAAAUGAAGGGGAGAAAUAAGGCACCAGGCAAUCACAAUCGUCAUCACAGAUAUAGCCAAAUUAAUGGCUUAUAUCCUGCUUCCAGCCAGUCAAAUUCUUCUGAAAAUGGUAGUCAUGAAAUUUGCCCUGUACGAAGCAGAUCUCAAGGACAAAGGAGAUCAGAUAUCAAGUGCCAAUCUCCUCGUUUGGUUGGAGGUAGGAAUCACACCAAUGGGUAUUUAAGUGGAUCUUGUAGAAUUGAAUUUGGAUCCAUCGGUAAUCUUGCGGAAGAGGUGAUUUCAGGCUCGAAUCAUGUUAGGGCCUCGACCCUCGGUGCCUGGAAAGGGUUGCAGGGCAGUCAAUCCACCUUAAGAACGAAGAUGAGUUUCCGCCUCUGUGCCAGUAGAAUGCAUUAG